GACACCCUCAACUCACAGGCUCAAUCAGGUGUUAACACUGUUGUGAAACAGGAAGAUGAUGUUAGGUGUUUUGAAACAGAAAGAUGUCAGAUGCUUCUUAGUUGAGUAGAUGUCAUUUUCGUGGUGACUAGAUAUGGACCACAACAUCUUGGUUUUGUUUCAGCCAGAAAUGAUGAGGAGUUAGUGGUAGGCUGGCAGGAGAAGCUGUUCAGUCAGUGUCCUUAUAACAAAUAAGAAUUUACUGUUUAUGAUCGUUUGUUGCAUACUAAGGUGUGUGUGUGUGUGCACAAUAUGAAGUGGUUUUGUUCCAGAGAGAGUCAGUAUGCCAGACUGCGCUGGAGAGGCAAUACCACACAGAGAUCAUGGCUCAGGAGCGGACCGGGGCAGACGGAAACGCAGGAUUUUCACCUACACCGAUUCUGACUGCUACACCAAUUGGGAAGGGGUGGUUUUCAACAGAAUCUCCAUUUCUGUAACGGUUCUAUAACCAAAGACUCUGGAAGCAAGUAUAGGGGGAGGAUUUUAUAGGGGGAGCUGGAGCAGACGUGACAAUUUCAUUAUUCAAAACAAAGCAUUUACCUAUUUUCUGUCCAAAAGAAACAUUAGUGUUUUAAAGCUGUUUUUGAUGUACUCAAUACAGCAUUCCAAGAGUAUGGUGACGCAGGUCAAGUCCAAUCCUACCUUACUGGCACAUAGGAUGGCCAAUGUCAGACCCAGACGACAGGACAGACGCCCAGUUGACCGCACCAUCCCCAAGUCCAGGCUGAUUACCUGGGAGCCCUCGGAGGACUUUGUGAAGACCAGCCACAUGGUCAACACACCUGUACAGACCAUGCACAUCAUGGGGACCUGGGACCACCGGGCAAACUUGUCCAAAAGGAGAAGGAAUGCUUGUCUGCACGAUAAGAGCAGAUGGAAAUGGAGUGGUUACCAUCACACCAGACUUCAACAAAGGCAAGGAGCACUACAGGCCAGUGACCCGCACCCGCUGAAGUCAAAAUAUUUUACCCCUAGCUCAAGUUGAGACGGAGGGGGAGAAGAGGGAGGUGUGGCGUCAGACCAGAGGAGACAGAACAGCA